GCAAGUAUUGAAAUCAAUUGUAAUGUUUGCGUAACAUCGAGACUGUCACUGGACCACGAACACUUUUGGAAAAGAAAUUGUUAAACAUUUAAUAUAAUUUUAUAUUAUUAUCAUAAAGAAUGGCGACUUUAUCGUUGCUACGUUUACAUGGAAUAAGGAUGGGAAGCAGUAGAUUUUUUCAUGUGACCCAGAGAUUGGCAGCUGUAAACAAAAGCAACUUGGCUAAGCUCAGAAAGCAAACAGGCUUUUCAAUUAGCAACUGUAAAAGGCUUUGGAGAUGCAUAAUAAUGAUUUAACUAAAGCUGAGGAGUGGCUGCAUGCAGAAGCUCAGGCACAAGGAUGGGCCAAAGCUUCUAAAUUAUCUGGUCGGGUUACUACACAAGGGCUUGUGGGAGUUCACAUUGAUGGUCCAGUUGGUGCUCUGUUAGAAAUAAACUGUGAAACAGAUUUUGUUGCACGUAAUGAACAGUUCAAGGCAAUAGUAGCCCAGGCAGCAAAGGAAUGUGCUCUGAAUGCUGCUAUAUGUCAGCAGGAUACUUUAAAAAAAGUAAGUUCGUUUUAGUAUAUGUAAGUCAAGUUUUACAAAUGCAUUUAUUGCUAGUGGUGACUGGGAAUUCAGUAAAGAAAAUUUCAUUUCUGUGUUUAGCUCUACAAUAGUUAACUGUUGUUUAUGUGGUGAGUGCACUAGCUGAAGCUGCCAUAUGUAGUCUGGUAUUGUUAGUCCUUUAAGUAUCUGCUUGGGUAAAUAUGUUUGUUUUUACUUAAAGCACAAGAUAACUUUUGGAGCUGCUGAAUGAGUGUGUCAAUUCUUUUGUCAGUAGCAAAAACUUAAUCAAUAGGCCGAUUCCACCUU